CAUUAUCAUCACCACCGACAUACAACAAUUACUGGACAGGAGUUUGCAACAAUUCCUCAGUACGAAACGGGAAUUCAACGAGAGCGGUUGUGAAAAACGGCAAACAAGAAAAUAUAAAAAUAACAAUAACUAAAACAUAAAAACUAAAAAAUUUAUAAUAAAAAAUUGAAAAAAAAAGAACAAUUUAAAAAAAUCGUUUAACACAUUAAACACGGCACAAGUCUAAUAAGAAAAACUAUUAAAAUAAUAAUAAAUAAUAAAAAAAACUAAACGAAAACAACACAUAAAUGUUUAAUUAUUACAACAAUAACGAAGUUAACCACAAUAACAACAGCAACAACAACCACAAAAAGAAUGUUAAAAAUAGAUAAAUAAUAAAAAAUUCAAUAAUAAUUAAAAUUAUUAAAAUAUGAAAAUUAUUAUUUAAAAACAAAUAAACUACAAAAAAAUUGCCACAACAAUUUAACAAGCUUACAAAAUUAAUAAAUAAUCUUACAAAAAAAAAACAACGAAAAAAACAAUUUAAAUUAAGCGCUUUUUAAAAAUUUUGCGCAAUGAAAUUUAAAUGAAAAGUCGUGCCAUCAAUUGCAUUUUUAUUGUUAUAAAUGCAACAUUGGUGUUGUAAAUUUUUUUAAACAAACCAAAAAAAAAACGAUUGUAUUUUUAUUUAUUUUUUUUAAUUUUAAUAUAAAAAGUGUAUAAAAAAGAAGACAAGCUUAUUAUUAAUUUAAAUAAAUAAACAAUUAAGACGAUUUUUUUACGUUAUUAUAACGAACAUUGUGAAGACGAAAAAACAAAAAUUGUAAAAGUGAUAAAAAACAACUAAAAGCAUUAAAAUGUGGCUUCAUAUAUUCUGUCCCCUGCUGGUGAUUGUUGCAGCAACUGCGUCCGUCUUACAAAUUGAUCAGAAUUUAAAAAAUAUUAAAUUAAUUGAAAGUAAAUUUAUACCGGAUGUUAAUGUUUUACCAGCCGAUCAAACUAUAAACAGUAACGAUGAAAAUUGGCAGCAAGUGAGACGUUUCAUGGAGGAUGGUUUACCCGUUUUAGAAUUGUAUGGCUAUAAGCCGCAGAGAGAUAUACCAUUCACUUUGAUUAUACCUAAAAUUGAUGUUCGUACAAUUGAAAAACCACGUUUGAAAGAGUUUAUGUUGGAGCAUAUGGUGCCGGGUCGUGCAUUCGAUAACUAUGCUGAUGAGGAGAACUCCUCAUCAUUUGGUAAUGGUAAUGGGCAUAAAAUUGUUUUUCGCAAAUUAGAAAAAUCCCCCAACAAUGUGGUAUGGCUAUUGAAUGGUUUUCAAAUACUACAUCGUGUACGCAUCAACGACAAUCUAAUUGCUUUGGCUAUUGAUGGAUAUUUGGGUGAUCGGAAGUCACCCUAUUCGAAACGUAAUAUACAGGAAGGCAGUAAUAGUCGUUACAAUGAACCACAACGUUUAGAGAUGCGCAAUUCAACCAGCAAUAUUGCACAUACGAAGAAUGAACCCAUUUUAAAGGAGUCAAAGGCGAGCCCUUUAAUGUCAUUUCUUGGCAGCAUGAAAAGUGGCACAAAAGUUUUCCAGCAUUUCCUGUCGAAAAGUAAUCUUACACAAAUAAUGGACGAUGGCUCUUAUACAAUUCUCAUACCCACCGACAAUGCAUUUCAACGUUGGCAUCCCAUCGAUUGGGGCUUCUAUCCGUUCAGUGUACAAGAUUUCACAGAAAGUGUAUUGCGCAAUCAUUUCUUGCCCACCCAAAAGCCUUUACGUAUGAGUGACGUUAAGAAUAUGGAUCAAAUGGUUGUACGCACCAUGGGUGGUGAGAAUGUCAUCUUCAGAGGUCAACCUGCACCUUCGGUCAACAAUGUAUCCAUAAUGUCCGAUUACACAUUGUCUAAUGGUAAUCAGGUAUUUAUUAUAACAGAGGUAUUGUUUGUCUCCGAGGCUGUUGUAUCCAAAUUGCAUCAGAUGCACAAGGAUAAGGAGACACCACCAUUACUGGCCUUCCCUUGGUUUGGUGCACAAUUUUUGUCACAUUCAUUUUUGGCUUUGGAACGAGAUCCCAGAUUUACACAAAUCACCAGAUUUUUAAAUAAUGCUGAAAUAGCACCACACGUAUCAGGAGCCAAUUACACAUUCUUUGUUCCGGACGAUAAAGCAUUUGAGAAAUUAGGAUUUGAUAAAUUAAGUGAUGAUGUUAUGGCCUCACAACGCGGUGUUAAAAUGCUUUUAAAUCACUUUGUUAAGGGACGUCUCUACAAUCGUGACUUAAAGGACAAUGAAGUUUUCGAAACAAUCGGUGGUGGACACAUAAAAAUCACACGAAAUCCCGGCAGUAAUGCAACAAGUGUCAAUAAUGCCAAAAUAACAGAAAGUGAAGUAUUUGUCUACAAUUUGGGCACCAUGUUCUAUAUAGACGAUAUACUGUACUCACAUCUCUUAAGAGAAUAUGUGAUCAAACAUAAAUCGCGAACAAAUUAUGCCGGCGGCAAUAAUGGACGAUCAUCGACUUUGGGAACACCCACCGAUGUUGAAAUAGUACCAAAUGAAUUUGAUCAUGAACAGAGUGGUGGUAAUAAUGGUGAUUAUUCCAUACAUGAUGAUGAUUUCGAUGAUGAAAUAAUAACACCUAAAGCGCUUCCCGUCCAAUUUUAUGAAUUACCAAAAUAAAAUAAUUAAUUUAUAAUUUUUGCAAGCAAAAAGUUUUGAACAAAAUACUAGUAAAAGAAAUGAAUAAAUUAGAGAUUUUUUUCUUUUUUUGGAUAAGCAAAAGAAAAACUAAGGAAAAUUAGUCAAAAGACAAAAAACACUAAAUUGAAGUGAGAAAAUUUUUUUAAAAAUUUAAAAAUUCUUUGUAAGAAGUAUAUUUAUUAUACCAUAAUCUGAUUAUAAUUAUUAUUAAAUAUUAUUAUAUUAUUAUGAUUAAUUUGUAAGGGAGAGAUUGUUAGAAGGCUUUAAGCUUUUUUUCUUUUUUUGUGUAUAGUUUUUAGAGAUUAUUUCGACUACUAUUGUAUGCAUUUUUAAAAAAAACAAACAUAUAAAAUCGAAAAAACAACAAAA